GGUUUUACGAUGAUGCCCGUGGACGCGCUGCCACUGUUUUCUUGAGUAGCCUACAGUACUCACCAGCACCAGCUGUUGCGAUGGUGUACGCCGCGUCCAUGGACAGCGCCAAGCCGUCUCUCUACACGCCCCUCGCGAACCCGCCAUCCUUCAACGACUCCAGCUCAAACUCCACCCUCCUCCUCCUCCUCCUCCGACCAGCACCCGCCUCAGCCUCAGGCUCAGGCUCCCCUGUUGUCUGUAACUUGGACGACACCCCCACACCAUCCUCCCUCCUCCGCAAUGCCUCGUCGCAGACGUCCUACGACCUCGCCCCCGUGGAGGUGGCCGUGCUGGGUAUCGUGUUCGGCCUCUUCUGGCUGGUCUCUGUGCUGGGGAAUGCACUGGUAUGCCUGGUCAUCCACCGCAGUCGCAGGACCCAGUCCACCACCAACUACUUUGUGGUGUCCAUGGCCUGCGCCGACCUGCUGCUCAGCCUGGGCUGCGGACCCUUCAUCCUGCUGCAGGUGAGCAUGGGCCACUGGCCACUGAGCGCCGCCGCCUGCAAGGUGGUGCGCUACCUGCAGCACCUGUGCCCCGGCGUGCAGGUGUACGUGCUGCUGUCUAUCUGCGUGGACCGCUUCUACACCAUCGUGUACCCGCUCAGCUUCAAGGUGUCGCGUGAGAAGGCCAAGCGCAUGAUCCUGGCGUCCUGGCUCUUUGACGCCGCCUUCGUGUCGCCAUGCCUCUUCUUCUAUGGUUCUGCCAACGGCGGAGGUGAUGAUGGCACGACGCGGGGGCACUGCGACUUCUUUCUGCCCGAGAGCUGGGACGGCAUCGCGUAUGGCGUGGCGCACCUCCUGUUCGGUUUCCUGGUGCCCACCGUGCUGAUCAUGUCCUUCUACCAGAAGGUGGUGAGGUACAUCUGGCGCAUCGGCGCCGACGGGCGCACCGUGCGCCGCACCAUGAACAUCGUGCCCAGGACUAAAGUCAAGACCAUCAAGAUGUUCCUCAUGCUCAACCUGGUGUUCCUCUUCACCUGGACGCCGUUCUACGUGGCGCAGCUCUGGCACCCGAGAGAGCGGCCGAACGGGGACGGGGACGCCGGCGCAGGCGCCAGUACCGGCUCCACCAGGGAGGGGGCGCUGUUCUUCAGCGUGGUGGUGUGGAUCUCGCUGAGCUCCACGGCGUCCAAGCCCACGCUCUACUCGGUCUACAACGCCAACUUCAGGCGGGGCAUGCGCGAGACCUUCUGCAUGUCGUCCAUGAAGUGCUACCGCAGCAAUGCCUACACCAUCACGGCCAGCUCGCGCAUGGCCAAGAAGAACUACGUGGGGGUGGUGGACAUGCCCGCCGCCGUCCACCCCGCCGCCAAGACCACCCUCGUCAAGGACUCGGUCUACGACACGUUCGACCGGGAGGCCAAGGAGAAGAAGUUGGCUUGGCCCAUCAGUGCGAACCCACCCAACACGUUUGUGUGAGAGAUGAGGGAACAGACGAGUAAAAAACUUAAAUUGCUGUAUGGAUUUGCCCUUUCAAGGUCGCAUGAAGGACAUUCUCAUUGUUUGUGUGAGAGAGAGAGGACCAGAUCAGUUGAAAAGUUAAAUUGCUGUAUGUAUUUGCCCUUUCAAGGUCGCAUGAAGG